GAAGGCUUGUCCAAGUGUGGAAGAUGUAAACAGGCCUUUUACUGCAAUGUGGAAUGUCAGAAGGAAGACUGGCCAAUGCACAAGCUGGAGUGUUCUGCUAUGUGUGCUUUUGGGCAGAACUGGAAUCCCUCGGAGACUGUGAGGCUAACAGCGAGGAUCCUUGCCAAGCAGAAAACUCACCCUGAAAGAACACAGUCGGAGAAACUGCUUGCUGUAAAAGAGUUUGAAUCACACCUUGACAAACUAGACAAUGAAAAGAGAGAGCUGAUUCAGAACGACAUUGCUGCUCUUCAUCACUUUUACUCAAAGCACUUGGAGUACCCUGACAAUGCUGCCCUUGUAGUUCUCUUUGCACAAGUUAACUGUAAUGGCUUCACAAUUGAAGACGAAGAACUCUCUCAUUUGGGAUCAGCCAUAUUUCCUGAUGUUGCAUUGAUGAACCAUAGUUGUUGCCCAAAUGUGAUUGUAACUUACAAGGGGACCUUGGCUGAAGUCAGAGCUGUUAAAGAGAUUGAGCCUGGAGAGGAGGUUUUCACCAGCUAUAUUGACCUCUUGUAUCCCACAGAAGACAGAAAUAACCGGCUAAGAGACUCCUAUUUCUUUGAUUGUGAUUGCAGGGAGUGUGUUACCAAAGAAAAGGAUAAAGAGAAACUGGAAAUCUGCAAGCUGAAUGAUCCUCCAUCAGCAGAGACAGUGCGGGACAUGAUCAAAUAUGCCAGGAAUGUGAUUGAGGAAUUCAGGAGAGCCAAGCACUACAAAUCUCCUAGUGAAUUACUGGAGAUCUGUGAGCUCAGCCUGGACAAGAUGGGUGCAGUGUUUGAAAACAGCAAUGUUUAUAUGUUACAUAUGAUGUACCAGGCCAUGGGUGUGUGUCUCUACGUGCAGGACUGGGAAGGUGCACUGCGUUAUGGGCAAAAAAUUAUCAGACCAUACAGUAAACAUUAUCCCCCCUACUCGCUGAAUGUUGCUUCUAUGUGGCUGAAACUGGGGAGACUCUACAUGGCGCUGGAGAACAGACCGGCUGGAGUUAAAGCCCUGAAGAAGGCAAUUGCUAUCAUGGAAGUAGCACACGGGAAGGAUCAUCCAUACAUUUCGGAGAUCAAAAAGGAAUUAGAGGACCACUGAGCCUUUGAAUCUAUGCAAUCCUUCAAACCUUUAGUUAAAAGCCUUGUUACGGAAGCCUUCAGGAGCGCUUUGAAAUGUGGUAGAGUAUGAACACAAUUUGGCCUAUAAUUGGAAUAACAAACACACUUAGGCCUGGCAAAACGUUCCCAGUUUCCACACAUCUACAAUUGCCUUUUUUUUUCCUUUUUUUUUUUAAGGAGGCAUCCAUCGUUUCUUAAAGGUGAUGCCUUUUGACAGCUCAUAUGCAAAAGUGGCCAUUUUUUUCUCUGUGGAUUUUAAUGUCUAUCAUCUUAUUUGUGUAAAGUAAAUAAAGUCAUCUUGACCCUUCUUG